AUGGCCAAACCGACACCAGAACUCGAUCUGCUUGCGCCCCGCGAUCCUGAACUACAAAACACAGACGAAUGGCCAGAGUUGGCCCUUACCAAUGCAUAUGCACACCUUCCUGGUAAACCGAGCGACUUAGCAUCUAUUUUGGAGGCAGCAGCGGGCUACCCGUUGACUGUAGCAGGCCAGCUAGAGCCAUUGGAAGACGAAGACCGCAACCUCUACCUAGAACUUCCCCAGGGCAAAGUGAAACGCGUUCCGAUCGUUCUUGAAGAUGUCCGCAUGUUCAGUUAUGGCCAGUUAGACGACGGGACAUCUGCCAUAUGGGCAGCAGGGAAGGCAGGGUGGUAUACUAUCACCCCAGCGAAGAAGUACCAGAGCAUAUACGCCGAGAUGUGCGAAGCGGUCGAUGCAUUGUACUUUGUUGCCGACGCGUAUCGUACACCACGCAUCAAAGGGCGGGGAAAGACGAAAGAGAUAUUACCGGAAUAUACUGCAGCUGAGCUGUUCGCAAAGUAUGCCACUGUGCUAGGGAGCGACGAUCAUACCAAAGGACAAGAGAUGAUUUACAAGCACAAAGAUUUUCUUAUGUCUUCGAUGCUGGCUGGAAAAGAAGGUCUAUCAUGGAGCAGAUUACCCAUCUAUAAGCACCUCUAUGGGAAGUUCCCUGACGUGGUCGCAAAGGCACGAAAGAAGCAAGAACCGUUGGUGGAGGCGAAGGAGCCUAAGUCAGAAAAGCUUUCAAAGGCUGCAAAUUCAGACCGAACAAAUUCCAGACAUACAAGGAAGAGUUCAGGGGAUACGACCUCAAGCACUAGCAGCUUGAAGCGAAAGAGAGCGAGGCCGGCAAGAAACGGCCCCGUGGAGAUCAUUUCUUUAGACGGCACUUCAGACGCAAGCUCAGCAGUCGUUGCAUCGGGGAGCAUGGUAGAAGUCGAGGAGACUGUCCAAGAGAUGCUUUCACCAAAGACUAAAGGUACAAGUACACGCCGGACAAGACAGAAAGUUACCUCAAUACCAGAAGAAAAGAGCGAGUUGGGAUCUGCGGCAAUUGCAACGCCUGCAAAGGACGAAGAUUCUGACGGGGAGAUACGAGCGCGCAACCAGAAGAACAAGUCCUCCUUACGACCUCGUGCUAGCAAAGCAAGCAAAUCCGCAUCUCGCAGGGGAGGCAAAGGGCCACCUCGCGAAGACGAAGAUGAUGGAGUGAACGACCUUGACCCACCUUCACCUACUGGUGGCAAGCGAAAGUAUGAAGAUGGAGAUGAAGUAGAGCAAGUCCGGAGAAGACCGAGGAGACGGAAUAGCAAGCCCCACGACGAUGAAGGCAUUGAUAUGCCGACAUCACCCGAGGCCGCAUCCUCGCCCACAAGCAGUACAGAUGGCAUCGAUCAUACCACAGACCUACCUAUACGACCUCUCAACAUGGGUCAUGUCGAAGACCCGGUCCAAGAAGACACUUGGGUGUGCGCUCUGGACGGCUGCACACAUAAGGUAUAUGCUGCAUCACAUCCAGAGUCGCAACGCUUGAUACGGGAGCAUUAUGCUUUGCACGCCUACGAUGACGACGAACGAGUGCAAAUGGUCAAGAGAUUGCAGGCGCCAAGUCUACCUGUUAGCCGGCUAAUGGACAAGGUCAAAGCACAAGCCAAAAAUGAUGGCUUUCCCGGUAGCGCUGCAGGCAUGCCAGAAAACAUCAAAAGCAGAUUUGGCCCGGAAGUAAUAGGCAGUGGCGUUGUAAUCAGAUAUUGA